AUACCCAAAUACAAUUGUCAAAAUUUAAACUAUUGAAUUUCACCCUCCCCACAUCUGCUAUCGCUAGUACAAUUACUUCCAAUAACCCCUCAAAUCGAAAUGUCCCUCUUAACACCCCUCCGGCGCACAGUAUGCCUAGCACCAAUCUACGCAAAAAGAACCCUCACGACCACUGCUGCCCUACAGGAUGUUGGCCCCGAAUCCCCCCAUUACAUCGACAUGCCAACAUCCCCAAUAAUCCGACCAUACCGCAAGUCCCCGCCAAAGGGGAAGCUCCCCAGGCCACGCCCGACCGCCGAGAACGCUGAAUCCGCCCUCCAAGCGACCCCUGAGCCCCACGCGCCCCGCCAAGCGGACCCGGCAGCAAACGAAGAGGCGAAGUCUUAUAUCGAAUGGAAAAACAAGAUGUCCUCCAUGCGUCGCCACAACCUCCGCGAGGGAUUGUCAGAGCUAAGGAGGAGGGCGAUGCGGACGGCCCAACGGAGGAAGGAAGCGCUCGAGAAGAGGAACCAGGAGCGGGACGAGCUGCUGAACACUGCGAUGCGCGAGGACGUCCGCUUGACGCUUCCGUCCGUUCUAUCUACGCUCAGGAGCGAGAAUAUUAACGUCAUGCGCCGUAUGGCGCCAGAACGAUUGGAAGAGAAAAGGCAAUUGAGAUUGGCGAAGGAGCAGGAAAAGAAGGAGGAGAAGCUGGAAAUGCUGCACGAGCUCUACUUGAAUGCUAGGGAGUUUUUGCUCACGGAGAAGGACCUUGAUGAGGCGAUUGAGAGGACCUUCAAGCCGCAGAAUGCUCUCGUCAAGAAGUAUCCGCCUACCAUGGAGGAUAUGUUGAGGACUAUUGAUAAUACCGGGGUGACGUUUGGAGUGGAAAAUGACCCGCGCUUGAUUGAGGUAGCCGGCACGCUAACAGGAGGGAAGCUUCCACCGCCGAAGAGAGAGCAGGGGGAUGGUUUCAGAUUCAAUCGGUUUUAACGUGCCGACUCUUGUCCGUAUAUCACUAGGAAUGCUUUCACAAAUUCUGAAAAUACCAAAUACCGAGCCGGGAUCACAAUUGGCUAUGCUGCUGUGGUUAUACCCUUUGCUUUAAAAAGGUCGCAUUGCCGCUACUGUAUCAUCAUGGCUAGUAGUCGCAUCACCGCAUGCCCCUGAGUAUGUAGAGAAAAACUACCAUUUUUCCAGUAUUCAAGAGUACUGUACAAGAAAAUAUUGCA